AAGAGACAAAUCAGUUCAACUUUGCAGCUUCUCACUUUCACUCCAACACACCCACACACAAACAAAAAAAGGCAACAGUGAAGGAAUACAGGCAAAGAUCAACAAAACGGCAAAACCUUAAAAGGGUUUUAGUUUCUUCUUCUCUUCAUCUUCAUAUCUGAAAAUGGAAAACCCAGAAGCAAAUCAGCUUCCUGAAGUGGAUUCACUGCCAGAUGGCUUUGUUGAGAGUCCUUCAGAGCGGUUGGAUCCAAAAACUCCAAUUUUGGAACAAGAAAAGCCUUUGCAGCCUGACUAUAGAGAAGAUGAUCUAGUCUCCGCUGAGUUUGGAGCAAGCAAGGGCCAAAAGCAGAGAACUUUUCCUGUGCCAUUGUCUGAAGUGGAUGGUUUGGAUGGGUCUUUGGAUUCUGUAGAAGGUAAGUUAGUCAGUAAUGAAUCCAGUAAUUCUGUUCCUGAGGCUGCUGCGGUUGGGGAGGCAGAAUGCAGUGAGGUGAAAGGAGAAGUUAAAGGGGAGUGUCAAAGUACAGAGAGAACAGUUGAAAGAGGAUCAGAAACUAAUUUGAAGGAAACAUCUUCAUCGGAAAGUGUCGAUUUGGUGAAAGAUAAAAAACCAGAAACCACUGAAACCAAACGCAAGAAUGCAAAACGUACAGUCAAAACAGAAAAGGAAUUUCUUGAGUUCUCCUUGAAAUAUCAACAAGUUCUUGCAGAAAGAGAUGCAGCUAUUGCUGUUCGAGAUAAGCUUGAAUCACUUUGUAGGGAGUUACAACGUCAAAACAAAAUGUUAAUGGAUGAAUGCAAACGGGUAUCAACAGAAGGGCAAAACUUAAGAUUAGAUUUAUCAGCCAGGUUCCAAGAUGCAAUCAAGGAUGUGAGCAUUAAGCUGGAAGAGCAAAAGGAUGAAUGUCUAUCUCAACUGAAGGAGAAUGAGAUGUUAAGAAAUAAGUUGAAGCAGCUCGCUGAUCAGUAUGCCCUCUCUGAACAACAAUAUGCACAGAAGCUAAAGCAGAAAACACUAGAGUUACAGAUUUCUGAUUUGAAAAUUAAACAACAUGAAGAGAAAUUGAUCCAGGAACAAGCACAGAUGAAAGUAUAUGCAGAGCAAGUGUCACAGUUAUUGGCGACUGAAAAGAAUUUACGCUUGCAGUUGACGGCUGAUGGAGAAAAAUUCCAACAGUUUCAGGAUGCUUUGUUAAAGAGCAAUGAGGUUUUUGAAACAUUUAAGCAGGAGAUUGAAAAGAUGGCAAAAUCAAUCAAGGAACUCAAGAAGGAAAAUGUAUUCUUGAAGAGCAAAUGUGACAAAUCAGAUGUUACUCUCAUAGAACUUGUGGAAGAGCGUGAGAGAUUGAAAAAACAAUUGGAGAAGACAAAGAACCAGAAGGAAAAACUUGAAUCGUUGUGCCGAUCACUUCAAGCAGAGAGGAAGCAGAGCUCCACAGGAGGAAACAGCUCUGAUACUGUAGCAGUUUAAAUGUAAACAUAUUUAACCAACUCUGAACGCAUUUUGUGAUUAUGGUCUUAUGAUUAUACCGCCUUUUGUCUCUUCUUGUCGAGAGAAGUCACAGAAGAUGGCCGUUCACAUUUUGAUAUCUUGAGUGUAAUAAGAAUCAUCCUCUCAGCAAUUAUUGUAUUAUAAGAAAAUUUUCUUUAGCUGGUGGAUUUCCUUGUAUGGAUAUAACUUUCUAUUUUUAGACAUGUUACUUGAUUGGAAUGAACUGCCAUAUUCAAUCUAA